ACGACACGACACAAUCAAAACCUCGGUAGAGAGAGAAAGAGAGAGACAACGAAGAAAAGAACCUGUUCUUCACCAGAACGGAGUUUGAUUUUUCGGAAUAAAUUUAUCGAUCUGUUCAUCCAAAUCGAUCCCCGUCUUCUUUCUCCUCUUCUUCAUUUUCCUGCUUAAAUUUUCAAGGAAAGCGAAGGAAAAAAAAGGAGAGAAGAACAAAGAGAAAUGAAGGAAGAAGAUUAAGAGGAGGAAUACCCAAUUCCCAGGUAAUUUAUUUGGUGAAAUUUCCAAAUUUGUCAAGUGGGUGUUUCUCUUUUUGCCGUUUUUCCUUCAGUGGUGGAAGGUUUGGGUGAGUUGAUGGACUUGGACAGCGUUGAAUGUGUGUCAUCCUUGGAUGGCAUGGAUGAGGAUGAGAUCCACCCUAAUCAUCACUCUGAGUUUUCUUCCACCAAACCUCGGAAUGGAGCCACUAAUAACAACAAUAAUUCUAUGGGUCCCGCCAUCAUUGCUCCGGCAACCAGCGUCCACGAGUUGCUGGAAUGCCCUGUCUGUACUAAUUCAAUGUACCCACCAAUUCAUCAGUGUCACAAUGGCCACACACUGUGUUCCACAUGUAAAACAAGGGUGCACAACCGAUGUCCCACAUGUAGACAAGAGCUUGGAGAUAUUAGGUGCCUGGCACUAGAAAAGGUGGCUGAAUCACUUGAGUUACCUUGCAAGCACUACACCCUUGGAUGUCCAGAAAUCUUUCCAUACUACAGCAAGCUUAAGCAUGAGACAGUAUGUAAUUUUAGACCAUAUAGCUGUCCUUAUGCUGGAUCAGAGUGUUCUGUUGUUGGGGAUAUUCCUUUCCUUGUUGAUCAUUUGAGGGAUGAUCAUAAAGUGGACAUGCACACAGGAUGCACAUUCAACCAUCGUUAUGUGAAGUCAAAUCCCCGUGAAGUUGAGAAUGCAACCUGGAUGCUCACAGUAUUUCAUUGUUUUGGUCAAUAUUUCUGUCUUCAUUUUGAAGCUUUCCAACUUGGUAUGGCCCCUGUUUACAUGGCAUUCCUUCGUUUUAUGGGUGAUGAGAAUGAGGCUCGUAACUAUAGCUAUAGCCUAGAGGUUGGGGCCAAUGGCAGGAAACUCAUUUGGGAGGGUACACCACGGAGUAUUCGGGAUAGCCACCGAAAGGUCAGGGAUAGCCAUGAUGGCCUCAUUAUUCAAAGAAAUAUGGCUUUAUUUUUCUCUGGUGGGGACAGGAAGGAGCUAAAACUCAGAGUUACAGGAAGAAUAUGGAAGGAACAACAGAAUCCAGAUGCUGGGGUGUGCAUACCAAAUCUCUGUAGCUGACAUGUUAUUUGAAGGGCAUUUUCAUCAUUUGUGUGUUUGGGACACUCAUCUGAGCUAAAUUUAUACGAACUUUGUGCUUGCUGUAAGAGAUUAAGGCACUAAGGUGGCUUUGAAAUUUUCAGUUUUCAUAAGCUGUGUGAUAAACAAGAUUUUCUUCCUUUAAAAUUUGCUUGAUUGGACUUCGACACUGGAAGCUGUGUGAACUCCUAUCUUUGCUGCCAGUUGCCAUCAAUUUAAUCGAGCAGUAUCAUU